CCAUUACGACCGUUCAAGAAAAUUACUCCGACUGACUCCAACUCCAAUAGACUCUUAUAAUGACCUAAAGGGAUAUAAAAUCAUUUCUGAAGAAAUGGAAAUAAUAGCAAACUUAAUCAGCACUACUGAUCAAAUAAUGAGUAAUUACGUUGUACCAUCAACACCGGCUUCUCGCUUGUUUUCAUUCAUGAAUCCACUGGCUUAUGACGUGUGGCUCUAUGUUUUGGCUGCAUAUUUCUUGGUAUCAUUUACAAUCUACGUCGUAGCAAAGUUCUCGCCAAUCGAGUAUCAUGACAAUUAUCCAUGCGAUAUAAGGAAUCCUGCCAUAACUAAUCAGUUUUCAUUAGCUAACAGUUUCUGGUUUACAAUCGGAACAUUAAUGCAGCAAGGCUCUGACAUAAAUCCAAAAUCGAUCUCAACUCGCAUUGUCAGCGCUAUAUGGUGGUUCUUCACGCUAAUUAUCAUUGCUUCGUACACAGCUAACUUGGCGGCUUUCUUGACAGUUGAACGCAUGAUUACGCCCAUUGAAAAUGCCGAGGACUUGGCUAGCCAAACAGAGAUAUCUUACGGUACCCUUGAAAGUGGCUCCACAAUGACAUUUUUUCGCGACUCAAUCAUUGAGACGUAUCGAAAAAUGUGGCGCAACAUGGAUAAUAAGAAAGCUACUGCUUUCACUUCCACUUACGAAGAGGGUAUAAGGCGUGUAAAUAAAGGUAAUUACGCGUUUCUCAUGGAAUCCACUAUGCUUGACUAUAUAGUGCAGCGAGAUUGUAAUUUGACACAGAUCGGAGGCCUCCUAGAUACCAAAGGUUAUGGUAUCGCUACACCAAAAGGAUCACCAUGGCGUGACAAAAUUUCCCUGUCUAUACUAAAACUUCAAGAGAAGGGAGAUAUACAGAUGUUGUACGACAAGUGGUGGAAAAACGCAGGAGAUACUUGUCAACGUAAAAACAAUAACAAACAAUCAAAGGCGAAUGCACUUGGUCUGGAUAACAUUGGUGGCGUGUUCGUUGUUCUACUCGUGGGUAUAGGCCUGGCAGCGUGCGUAGCGGUAUUCGAGUUCUGGUACCAUUUUAUGACGCUAAAUAAGCGAAACGUAUGCUGUGAAGAAGACCACCCCACUGUAGAUACAGAUACAGCAACCCUGGCUCCUAAUAGUUUCGACCUCACUAAUGACUCCGGCCGCGGCAAACUGAACGGAGAUUAUAUUGCUGGCAUGCAAUUUAUCCAACAACAACAAGAACAUAAUUUAAAACAUGCUGUAGCUUACCGUUGCACUGAAACACCUCCCCAACGUUCACUUUGCGGUGAAAUGCUUGAGGAAUUUCGUUAUGCUUUACGGUGCAUGGACUCCCAUCGGCGCCCAGCUCUAAAGCGUCGUUGUCCGACAUGCCAUUUGUUCAAAGAUGUUGAGAAGCAUACUGACGUGCAUAUGACGGUUUCAAGAGGUGCGCACUUCAGUAUUACUUGCAGCCCAACUAAUGAUUCAAAUAUAUACCCAAUUGGAAGACAGCACAUCACAGAUUCUCAGCUAUUGACUUCACCGAUAUCUUUCAAUCCAAAUCCAUGAAACCGAUGAAUAAUCAAAAAAUAUAAGCGAUAAUAAGAUACAAAAAAAAAAAUACAUAUAUGUGAUAGGAAUAACUCAUAUUCUUAAUAAUAAAUAAUUGUUUUGAU